ACAUGUUGUGGAAAUACAGAUUGCAAUGUAACACGCAGUUUAGCUAGCUGAUUUAACACUUAAGCUUCUCUUAACGUUUGCCAGAGAGACUAGCUGAAUAUCAGUCUGUUUAAUGUUAGUUAACCGGGCUAUCUCGUUUGCUAACCAUCAGAAUGUAUGUACCGUUUCUUUCCUGUUUUUCGCAGUUUGCAAUCAGCUGACAUCUGACAGAAUGAGUUCGAAGAAGAGCAGAAUGGGAAAGAUGCUGGACAGUGUUCAGAAGGAAAUUUUGAAUUCUGGAGCGAAGAAGCCCCGGAAGCCGCAGAAAGGACUGGCGGUCUUGCCCAUAUCUCCCUUGGACGUGUCCUCCAUCGAGAAAGCCAGCUCAUUUGAAGAUGAAGAAGUUCUCAGUUUUGGUAACCCGCUGCACAGCACAGCUCUGGAGGAUGACUUCAGCCCUAACCAGGGUCAAAAGGUCGCGCCGGAGAAGAAGGGAGCAGAAGGGGGCGUGGCUAGCCGUGCCGAAACGCCGCGGAGGGCCCGCAGAUUGGACGAGGGGCAGACCCCGGGAAGGGCCCGUGCCCCGCCGCCAACGACGAGCUCCGCCCCAAAGGGGGGCCAGCCACGCACCCGGCGAAAGAGCCUGGGGGUGAAGUCGAGCAGCAGGGCUCUGCAGAGGGUUUCGGAGGGGCCCGAAUCGGGCGAGGCGACUGGCAGACGGAGACCGUCGUCCUCCUCGGGCGAGCUGAUUCCACUUGUCUCUGGAGAAGAGAGCUCAGAUGACUCGGACUCCGCCUCCUCAGGCUCUGCCGCACAGGAGCCGCCUCCCAAACGGACCAAGGGGGUCAGAGGUCAGGCAGCUCCUGCACUGCCUAAAAAGAAGCGGUCGAUUCAGCCCGGCGGCUCCGUCUCGUCCCUUGGGCAGGAGACGGGUCGCUCGCGGAGCUCGGGCAGCGGGCCCAGAGAGAGCAGCACAGCGGGGGAGCAGCCAGCGAGCGCCAGAGCAGCCGCCGUACGCCGCAGGCGACGCUCCUCCCUGUCUUUUGAGGACCUGUCCGAGGAGGACCCCAGCUGGCACAAUCAGCCAGACAGGAAGUCAUCCGGGCCGCACGCGGGGGAGCGGAGGGAGCCGCCUGGGGGCAGGCCCAACCCGGGGCCCGAGAAGAGGAAGUCCUCCUCUGGAUCCUCAGGUGACGCUGGCCCGUCCAAUAAGAACAAACGGCGGGAAAGAGAUGUCAGGAAUCCCAUUGAUCUCGACGUGGUAUUGGACGCUUUCCUGGAUUUCGUGUCGCACUACAAGGAGACCGUUGGCUCAGGCCCAGUCGAACAGGCUAUAGAUGCCGUCUCAGACAUGUUUGAGGAUCAGCUUACAGAACUGAUAACCAACACAAAGGAGUUGAACAGCUUGAGAAGGGAAAACGUCAAGGUCAAUGGCACCAUUAAUAAGAAACGCAGCAGACUACUCGAGAUCAAAAGUGAAUUGAUAACGAAGGAGACAGAGCUGAGUGUGAGGGUGAGGUCUUUUCUGGGUAACUCCCCUGUGAACCCCCAGGAAGGAGACAGAGCUGAGGAGCCUGGAGAAAGAGCAGGUGCGGCUGCAGGAGAGGCUGACCGACCUGCGGAAGGGAACCACCUUCCUGUCUGCCCUGAAGGACCUGCACAGGAAAUACCGGGCUCACUGUCAGAGAUACCCCGCCCAGGAGGAAGUGUAUGGCCCCUCCAGCGCGCCGGCUCUACUGCUGGAGGCCCGUGGGGUUCUGGGAGCCGAGCGCCAGCUGAAGAGCAUCAACGAGAGCCUGCAGAAGGCCCUGGACCUGGCCAAUCGGCAUUGAGCUCUCCAGUGGAUCCACCUCUCGGGCCAAUCGGCAUUGAGCUCUCUAGCAGAUCCUUUUCUGGGGCCAAUCGGCAUUGAGCUCUCCAGCAGAUCCACCUCUCCGGCCAGUCGGCAUUGAGCUCUCUGGCAGAUCCACCCCUCUGGCCAAUCGCAGUUGUGCUGCCCAGCCUCUGCUGAUCGACCUCUCAGGACACUUGACAGUCGUUUAUCACAUGGAAUCGCGUUGGUCUCAAUUUUCUAAAAGCAUUCCUGACAUGCUGAUGCUGGCAGUGUGAACAUUUAUGGUUUAAAAAAAAAAAAACGUCACAGUGCAUUUUAUAUCAUUAAAUAGGAAGGAGAGAGAUUUUUAAUUCAAGUAAAAUUUGUAAAGCUGUGGAAGUACUGGAGGUGUUAGUGUAAAUAAAAUGUAUGCAGAAUACUUAUUGAAAUUAAAAAGUAUAAGGUCAUGUAUACAUACAUUAAGUUCUCAGCCCACAGAUCAUGUGUGCUUCAUAUGUUGUGUAGGUCCCCAGAAUCUUAACACGUGUCUUUCACUUCAGAAUUUUCCUAAAUUAGCAUAAAUGCUGGGUGUAAUCCCGAGGGUAUCAUAAAAACAUUACCGCAACGUGGUAUAAUAGGAUUGUGUUAUUUAGAAUUUGCCCUUUUAUUAUGUUAUGAUAACUUUGGAACAGGAUGCACUAUGGGUAAAAAGAAACGUCCAUCAUUAACUAUUCUGUUGUGUUUAUGGGGACCCAUGUAGUUUAUGUACUAUUGUCUUAAGUACAUAUUUAUAAUUGCUCAUAAUUCAGGAAUGCACAAUAAUAAAAAAUACUAAAAAACA